AUGGUUGUGGCAUUCUGUGAUCGUUUAGGAUGGGUAUAUAUGAAAAGUUUGUUGGACGGUUUUUCGGAACGUAUAGCAUUUGGUGUGAAAAAAAAUUUAACAGAAUUAGUACGAAUAUCUGGUAUAGAUGCUGGUCGAGCUCGAGCUUUUCAUGCAGCAAAUAUAACAACUAUCGCAGUGUUAGCAAAAUCGUCAAUUCAACAGGUUGCAAAGAUUCUAAGAUCAGCUGUUCCAUUCAUAAGGGAACUUGGGAUAUUUUCUGAAAAGCAGAUAUCUCUAAUGCUGGAAAAAGGCGGCCAGAAAGAAGUGGAUGAUAUGGCAGCUGCAGAAACAAGUCUGGUUAAAUCGUUUCUUAAAUUGCCUACGUCUACGGUGGAAUCAUCGUUUCAUGAUUUGUUUGAUAGAACCUUAGGAGAGGAAGAAAAACUAACUGAAAAAAAUAGCCAGAAAACUGAAUUUUCCAACGAACAAACGGCAGGUGAGCAAAAUUACAGUAUCUGCCGUUGCAACGGUGAGCCGGCGGUGGACAGACAUGCGCGAACGACGAAAGUUGAACAAACCGAUUAUUCAAAGGUCGAUCGUGUAAUCGGUAUAACGGAAAAAAUGCGUCUUUUCUCUUUGUCGCCGAUUCGCAGUAGGCAUGCUGAGGUUAACCAACCAACCUUUAUUCCACAUUGUUCGGAAGAGGCAAACCAUCUUAAUGGAGUGGAAUCUGUGGGACAAUUGGGAAAUUUAGAAAAAUUUGUUAAUGUGCAUCGAAUGUCCAAAUCACCUGAAAAAACGCCUAUUAAUAGUACUGUGACAUCAGUUUCAUCAGCCGUGACGACACAAAGCUCGUAUAGCAAAGAAACAGCGCAGCAGGAAUCGGCUCUUCAUAUUCAUAAUCCAGUAUGUAGUGCAAAUCGCUCCCAUGAUAAACUAUCAGCAACGACACUUAUGAGCGACGGAUGCGCAGUAAAGAAGGAAGACGUUUCCGAAGAACUUUGCGCAACAACGAGUACUGAUCUCGCCGCUAUCAGUUGGCAAACAGUUUCUCCAUUUCUGAAUUGCGAAAGACAAAAAAAGGCGGUUUCUGAGGCUUUGAAUAACCCAGAAGUAUUAGCCGGCAGUUUGAACAAAGCUGGUAAAGAUGUAAAGAGUAAAUUUUCUGAAACAGCCUCAGAUUCUUUCCUUGCAGCUGUCAGCAGUCAGGAUGUUUUUUCACUUCUCAGUUGCUGUAAUGACAAAACCUCAACAAGUAUAAAGAAGCAACUUAGCGAUAUAGUUGAAUCGCCAGAUGAGACAUCUAGCGAUUCAUUUCUUCGCUCUGUAUGUACACAAGUUGAGAGUCAUGUAAUUGGUCAACUGGCAGGUUCCGCAGCUGAAGCUUCUAUUUCCGACUCACCUUUGGGAUCAGCCUUAGAGCAACGUAAAGGAAAAGUAGCUCCACAUCAAGAAAGCCGUCAGAAUUCCCCUAAUAUUUUAGACAAAAGUCGUGAUUUGUUUGACUCUUUCUACUCAUCUCCUGUAGCUGAUACUAAAACGCAUGAUACACAUUCUUCUCCUUUUAUCGCUACCUCUACAGUUGCACCUGGGACAAAACGUAUUCGUUCGCUUAUAGUAACAAGCUCACCGUCUACUCCUAGUAGUCACAGUCCAUUAGUGAAGUGCUCAAAGCACCAGUUGUCUCCAAUUGAAUCUCGGCUUCAGACCGUCAAAAGCACGUCGUCUUUGCCUACACCUGUUUCUAAUGUGAGAAUUCAACUGCCAAAGGAAAUUUUCGAUGCGUGCAGAUCUUACGACGAGUGGAAGGACUUUAAUAUAAAAGUCAAGCGGUGGAAAGAGAUAGGUUUAGCUCUUGCUUAUGGUCCUCUCAACAAUCGUAACUGUCAAUCGUUAACUGGAGUAGCUGUGUGCCCUCUGAGUGGUUCGCCAGUGUAUAUUGACCUAAAUAAUUCGCCGAUAUAUGGUGGCGAAGGAGAAGAAGAACUGUACCCAAGUUUCACUCCGUUAGAUUCAAUACCCGUAUGUGAACGAAUUGCGCUUAUUGAAACUGUUAUUUGUUCUUCACAGACUAAAUACAUAAAACGUGAAAUGUCGACUUUGGAAUCAAAGGGCAGCGAAAUUGCUGGUGUCUCUUUCAACUUUGACUCGCCGUCUGAAAUUGCAGAUGUUCUAUUUGUUCGUUUGAAGUUACCUCCAGUUACGGGUGCAUCGAGAGCAGCUAAAAGGCAUUAUUCGACGAAUAAAACUGUCUUGCAGAAAUUAGCAUCUGAAUAUGAGAUAGCAGAUACAAUAUUGAAGUGGCGUCGGAUGAACACAGCCCUUUCGAUGUCUCUUAACACAAUUAUUAAAUUCUGUUUGGAUGACGGUCGAAUUCAUGCGAUUUUUACACCGUACACAGUCACCGGAAGAGUUCAGUCCACUCAUCCAAAUGUUCAAAAUGUUCAGAAGAACGAAGUUUUUAAUGGACUUUCUAUACGUUCAUUAUUUGCCGCUCCACGUGGUCGUAUUUUGGUUGCUGCAGACUACUGCCAGCUUGAAAUGCGAGUUUUAACUCAUUUUACAUGCGAUAAGAAGCUUGUUGAACUGUUUCUUUCCGGUGGAGACUUCUUUCAAAAAAUGACAGACCAGUGGAACGGAAAUUCUUGUUUGCCCAUUAAAGUUGACAGGCAGAAAGUCAAGCAGUUGUGUUACGGACUGAUCUACGGUAUGGGAGCCGGUAGUCUCGGCGAACAACUAGAAAUAACAAAAACUGAAGCCCGAAAUAUGAUCGAAGUUUUCUUUAAACAGUUCCCAAAAGUCCGCUCUUGGAUUGACAAAACUGUCGAAGACUGUCAUCGGAAAAAAAGUGUGCUUACAUUGUUUGGCAGGAAAUUAUGUUGUCAUGGUGCUGGUCAAGGCGACCAAGCUGCAGAAGCCAAAGUCGGUCGAAAAGCUGUCAACUACUUGAUACAGGGAACAGCUUCUGAAAUUUUCAAAAGCGCUCUGGUCAGUAUGGAGGAAGCUCUGAAAAGUAAAAAUGCAAAACUGGUGAUGCAAGUCCACGAUGAAGUGAUUGUGGAAACGACAAAUGAAGACCUCGAGGAGGUUAUUAGGGUAAUCAAAAUUUGCAUGUGCACUGCUCCACCAGGUUUCACCGCUCCAUUGGCCGUAAAAAUCUCUACUGGGCACUCCUGGGGAGAACUGCGUGAAUUUUGUCUCUCAGGCCAAACUGUAUGCUCAUAG